AUGCGUUCAACAGGUGUACGAAGAGCUCCCCGACCAAACAUCACAGGCUUCGACCCCAAAGCAUUCGCUGCUGCAUCAGGCUCACCAGCAAACGACCCAUGGGCGCGAGCAGAGGCAUGGCGGUAUUCAGGACCUUUCACGCGAUUCAAUCGAUUUAAGGGCAGCUUCCCCGGCUUGGGCAUUGCGACGGUGGCAUUUGCGGCGUACUGCGGGUACGAAUACAUGUUUCUGAGCGAUGAUCACGGACAUGGAGAAGGACAUGGCGAGGGCCACCAUUAG